UUCCAUUUUUUCCAUUUGGAUCAGGACUUGACAAAUCCGAUGAGUCAACACGCUUAUAUUUGAAUCAGGAGAAACGAAAUGCAAAAUUAAUGAAAUUUUUAUUUAUUUACGCGUCAUUUGUUGUUACAAGCAUUUAUAUUCCACCAUUGUUAUUCCCUGUUGGUUAUGCUAUUUUUGAGUUUCCAACUCCGAAACAAUGGUACUUGCCAUAUCCAUCAGCGUUAGUAUUUCUUCUUGUUUGGAAAUGUGAUUGUAUCGGGAAAUUAAAUUGGAAAUCUUAAUUUGCAGUGUGCCAUUUGAUACAAAGGAGCCACUUGGAUUCUAUACCAUUUUAACACUGCAAAGCUUGAGUGGAACGACUUAUAUGCUGUUAGUCUAUGCUCAAUUGCUCAGUUGACGCAUUAAUAAUUAACUUCAUGCUUACGGAAUUUUUUACACUUUUAAGUUUCACAAUUUUAGACUUAUUACUCUCUUCUCUGGACUCUAUAUCGGAAUGUGCACUUAUAUCGACACAUGCGUCCAGGAUCUCGCCAAUUUUGCGCAAGAUGUGAACAGAAUCGUUGAAAGUGACAAAUCGACCGAAAAUCAACGAACAUUUGGAGAAGCGUGUUCCGAUAUGCUGAAGUUUCACAUCGAUAUUCUUGAGUUGAUGAAAAACUUGAAAAUCAUCAUGAAUGGGCCGCUUUUCUUCCAAUUGCUGGUCUAUGCGGUGUUUAUUGCGAUGAAUUUGCUCCAAUUUGAUGAGAUGUUGAAGCAUUUUGAUUUCGACAUUCUGUUGAAUUUGAAUUCAUUGUUCACACAACUUUUUUUCAACUACAUUUCGUGUUAUUAUGCGAAUAAUGUGACCAUAAAAUCGUUUGCGGCCGCUGAAAUAUCGUAUGGCAUGAAUUGGUAUGUUUUUCCGGUGAAUCGACAGCUUUUAAUAUGCUUGAUGGUUCAGAGAGCUCAAAAACCGUUCUACUUAAAGGGUUACGACAUUGUUGAUUGUUCGCUGACAACAUUCUUAAACUUUAUCAAAACGGCUGUUUCAUUUUAUCUUGUCUUCAAGCAGUUUGGUAAUUGAGUCGCUCGUUUUGUACGCUCAUUUUCAUUGGGC